AUGCUCCCAGAAAAUCGAUGGUUUAUCGUAAAAGAAUAACCAUGUAUCAUUUUAAAAUGAAAUCAAAAUAAUGGGGGUACAUUAGUAUAAAAAUCGUUUUAUUAAAGUCAAGGAUUUUUUAGGAAUCUGAAUUAUAUGCCACAGAUAGAGGUAACUAUUUGCACAUCGUAUGGCAGGUUCCGCAAUACUUGUGUAUGGUUAUUGCAGAAGUGACGUUUAUUGUUACAACGGUUGAAUUUUCAUACACACAAGUAAUAACCUCCCAUAAUAAUAAUCAUUAAUGCAUAAUUUAAAUCUAAUACGUUACUUAUACUUUCAAACGUUUGUUCACUUUCAAAUGCUUCAUUUCCUCACGUAAUUCGGCAUUUACCUAUUUACCUAUUAUACUAUACAUUUUAAAUACACUACAAAAAUAUUGUUCAACAUACAAUUGCAUUUUAAACUGCAAUAUAAAAAAUAACGUAAUUAUUUAUUAAUAAUUAAAACAAGCUAAACGCCUAAUUUAAAUUAAUUUUAACUAAACAUAUUUAUACGUAAUACAAACUAUAAUAUCAGCAAGUAUUAUGUUUUUUACUCACGGAUUCAUUUUAAUUCGAAACCCCUACUUUAAUAUUUAACCGAAAUAUUACAUUAUUAUACCUAACUCAAAUAUCCUCAAGUUAUGAAGUAUUUGAUUUCAUAGUUAAAUUGUUUUUGAAUUUAAUAUUUCUAUAGGCUCCGCCAAGAAUAAAAUCAUUCGUAUCGGCGUGUUAUUCGUUAACUCAAUCAAUUGGAAAUUUAUUGGUCGUCAUUAGCGUCUCAGCGUUAUCGUUCAACAACCAAGUGGGCAUAUUAUUUCCUUUACAUUUUAUCACUUAAAUAGUAAUAAUUAUAUAUUGUAACUUUACAUACCUUUAGGUGCACGAAUAUCUGUUUUUCGCUGGUAUCAUGCUCGUAGAUACGUUGUUAUUGGUUUAUUUGGGAUCGAAUUACAAAUACAAAUCGUUCGAACAACAAAUAGAUGAUGACUGUAAUGACGGAUUUAACGUUAAUAAAAAUACAAAAUAA